AUGAAGCUCCCCUUGUUCUCCCUCGCCGGGGCGUUGCUCGUCGCCAAUGGCGCGCGGGCGUUCCAGUUCCCCAACUGUGCUCAAAGCCCGCUCGCCAACACGACGGCGUGCGACAUAAAGGCCUCGCCUGCCGACCGCGCCGCGGCGCUCGUCAAGAUGCUGAACAUCACGGAGAAGCUGUCCAAUCUUGUCGACAACAGCCUCGGGGCCGAGCGUGUCGGUCUCCCGCCGUACGAGUGGUGGAGCGAAGCACUGCAUGGAGUCGCAGCAUCGCCCGGCGUGUCCUUCAACCGGACCGGCAGUCCGUUUUCCUCGGCCACGUCGUUUGCCAACAGCAUCACCAUCUCGGCCGCCUUCGACGACGACCUCGUGUACAAGAUCGCCACCGUCAUCAGCACAGAAGCCCGCGCCUUCAUCAAUGCCGGGCGGGCGGGGCUCGAUUUUUGGACACCGAAUAUCAACCCCUACAAAGACCCACGAUGGGGGCGGGGGUCUGAGACGCCCGGCGAGGACCCGGUCCGGAUCAAGGGCUACGUCAAGGCGCUGCUGUCCGGGCUCGAGGGCGACGAGGCAGUCCGCAAGGUGAUCGCGACGUGCAAGCACUACGCGGCGUACGACCUCGAGCGGUGGCAAGGGAUGACGCGGUACAAGUUCGACGCCGUGGUGUCGUCGCAGGACCUGUCCGAGUACUACCUGCCGCCGUUCCAGCAGUGCGCGCGCGACUCGCACGUCGGCUCCAUCAUGUGCAGCUACAACGCGCUCAACGGCACGCCCGCCUGCGCCAGCACGUACCUCAUGGACGACAUCCUGCGCGGGCACUGGAACUGGACCGCCCACGGCAACUAUGUUACGAGCGACUGCAACGCUAUCCAAGACUUCUUGCCCAGCUGGCACAACUUCAGCCAGACGCCUGCUGCAGCCGCCGCCGCUGCUCUGGUCGCCGGCACCGACACCAUCUGCGAGGUGGCCGGGUUCCCGCCCAUGUCCGACGUCGCCGGCGCGUACAACCAGUCCCUGCUGUCCGAGGCCGUCGUCGACCGCGCGCUGCGCCGGCUAUACGAGGGCCUCAUCCGCGCCGGCUACCUGGACCCGCCGGCCGCGAGCCCGUACCGGUCCAUCGGCUGGGCCGACGUCAACACGCCCGCGGCGCAGGCGCUGGCGCUGCAGUCGGCCGCCGAAGGCAUGGUGCUCCUCAAGAACAACAACAACAACGCGCUCCCGCUGCGGCUCGCCAACAAGUCCGUCGCGCUCGUCGGGCACUGGGCGGCCGGCGGCCGCCAGAUGCUCGGCGGCUACAGCGGCAUCCCGCCGUACCUGCUCGGGCCCGCCUCAGCAGCCCAGCAGCGCAACCUGACGUACCGCAUCGCUGGAGGACCCGUGGCGCAGCUGACCGGCGCUGCCAACACGUGGACGGCUCCCGCGCUGGCAGCAGCCUCGCAGGCCGACGUAGUCUUCUAUUUCGGGGGUACAGACCAAAGCAUCGCGGCCGAAGACCGCGAUCGCGACGCCAUCGCGUGGCCGGGCGCGCAGCUGGCCCUGAUCACGACCCUCGCAGCGCUCGGCAAGCCGCUCGUCGUCAUCCAGCUCGGCGACCAGGUCGACGACACCCCGCUGCUGCGCAACGCCAACGUGUCGGCCAUCCUCUGGGCAGGCUACCCGGGGCAGGCGGGUGGCGCGGCGGCGCUGGAUAUUAUCACGGGGGUGUCCGCGCCCGCCGGCCGCCUACCCGUCACGCAGUACCCGGCGGCUUAUACCGAGCAGGUGGCGCUGACCGAGACGGCCUUGCGUGGCAAUGGUGGCAGCCCCGGCCGCACGUACCGCUGGUACAAUGGCUCGGUGCUGCCGUUUGGGUUCGGGCUGCACUACACGACGUUUGACGCGCGCUCCACCUCCACCAACACAACGACGUAUUCCAUCCCGGCACUGCUCGCGUCCUGCAACGCGCCACACUUGGACCUGUGCCCGUUCGGCGCCGUGCGCGUCCAGGCAACCAACACGGGCACCACAACGACAUCCGACUACGUGGCGCUGGCAUUCGUGCGGCACGGGCACGGCACGGGCCCAGAGCCGCGGCCGCGCAAGACGCUGGCGGCGUACGCGCGGCUGCGCGCUGUCGCGCCGGGACGUGCUGUGACGGAAGACUUGCGGCUGACGCUCGGCAACCUCGCGCGCGUUGAUGGGGCGGGAAACACGGUGCUGUAUCCUGGGACGUAUACGCUGUUGUUGGACGUGGAUGAGCAUGAUGGGGCGGUGGAUGAGGUGCGGUUUGAGUUGGUUGGCGACGAGGUUGUGCUGGAUCACUUUCCACAGCCGAGGACGUGA